CUACAGUGAUAGCUGAGAAGCCGAAAAGAUGCCUUCGCCAGCACUGUCUCUUCUCUAUCUGCUAGUUGGAGUUCAGCUUGUAGAGUCAGCUGCGGAGGGUCUAGAUCCCUCCUCCAAGCUCACAGGUGAAAACAGCAGUCUAAUGCCUGGUCGUAGCCAGUGGCUCAGGUCCUUGCCAUGCCCAGACAAGAUAUCAGCCAUAUUUAAGAGGGAUAAGACACCUGUACUUGCCCUUUUAUGUCGGAGGAAAAAGUUUUAUCCACCUAGUCAGCUGUGGUCAGAAGAAUCUCCUGUACCUAGCAGGGUAAUUCCCGCACCUGAAGGCGCAUUGCUGGUUGAGAGAGAAAAGGAUCUAUCUACUUACAACUGGAACUCAUUCGGCCUCAGAUACGGCAAAAGGCAAAAUGGGGCAUUAAAUUCCAAAGUGAAAAUCUGGUAGUGUUAAGGGAAGGGCUGGGAGGGUAUGCCAUUUCUUCAAGGUGUUCUACAGUUUGAUAAAGGUUAUGAUGUGAUUUCCUGUGCUAAACUUACACAAACACUGUUUUUAAGUUAAUGUGUAAGAUGCCCUAAAAU